AAAGAAGUGUAUUUUUUUUCUGUGCUUAAAAAAAAGGGGGUCUUUUUUUGUGUCUUACCAAGAGUGAAGUGAAGCUGGUGACGACAUAUAAUCCCUCGGAGUCGGAUGGCAUGGUGGUUGUGGUGGGGUUUAACGGCCACCGUGCUGGGAUUAACGGUGGGCGGAGAAGGGGUGGUCUCAAGAAUUGCUUUUGGAUCAUGCUCCAACCAAAGCGCUCCCCAGGAAGAGAUCUGGAAUGCCAUCAUUUCAUUCGAUCCCCAGCUCUUCAUUUGGAUGGGUGACAACAUAUAUGGAGACAUAAAGCGCCCUUUUAGAGUCUUUGGGAAGGAAAGGACCAUUGGCCCAUGGAAGAAUGUCCCUCGCUUUGUUCCUUCCUCCCCUCAAGAGAUGAGCUCCAGGUACCUUCAGGCCAAGUCCAACCCUGGUUACUCUCGUCUCCGUCGGCAUCCUAAUCUAACCAUUAUUGGUACUUGGGAUGACCAUGACUAUGGAUUGAAUGACGCUGGGAAAGAACUCCCCAUUUCCUCUAAAACCACCAAUCAAAACCUUCUUCUUGAUUUCUUGGAUGAACCCAGAAACAGUCCAAGGCGCCACCAGCAAGGUGUGCAUGCUUCGUACACAUUUGGCCCUCGAGGCAGACAAGUCAAGGUUAUCCUUCUAGAUACUAGAUACCACCGAGACCCUCUCUCUAGCGAUGGGACUAUCUUGGGGGCUUCACAAUGGACAUGGUUGGAAAAGGAGCUCAACAGUACACCUUCAGCUAUCACUAUAAUUGGCUCUUCUAUUCAGGUUAUAUCAAAUCUUUCAGCCACCACUGGUCCAUUGUUUUAUAUGGAAUCUUGGGGACGAUUUCCCAAGGAAAGAGAGCGCCUUUUUAAAUUAAUAGCAGAUAGUAAGAGGGAUGGGGUCAUCUUCAUCAGUGGAGAUGUUCAUUUUGGAGAAAUCACUAGAUUUGAUUGUGCUGCUACUGGAUAUCCACUCUAUGACAUAACCUCCAGUGGCCUCACUCAAGCAGUGGAGAACACAGUCCCAUCCCCAUUACAUUUUUUAGUCAGAUUUCUGGCAUGGUUGACUCCCACUACCAUGAGAGUAGUAGAUAGAAACUGCAGAUACAAGUCAUGCACUUUUGGCCAACCCAAUUUCGGGGCAAUCGAGAUAGACUGGGCGACAACUCCUGUGACUGUGAGAAGUGAAGUAAGGGAUAGGAGUGGAGAGGCUGUGGCCAGUGUUAAUAUAUCAUUGUCAGAUUUGAAGUGGGGGAAGAAUGUGAAUAUCAGCUCUUCAAACACACUAAAGAGACCAGGAAAAAUCUCGAGGCACUGCUCUCUUGAAGUGUCUCUCCCAUGGAUUGUCAGAUACAGACUGACCAUUUUCUUUUAUUCCACUUUAGCUGUACUGGUUCUUGGUUUUAUAGGACUGAGUUGUGUAGCAACAUUAGCAUGCAGGAAAUGUCUCAACAAGUGCAAACGUGAUUGAGGCCACUUUACUGGAAAAUCUCUGACUAUGGUAGCUUGUUUUUUAGUUGAUGUUGAUGUUGAUGUUGAUGAAGAUAUAUAAUAUAUAUGUAUCUUCAUGAAGAUGCUUGUUGUUUUACAGGGACAGAUGAUGCUCUAGAGAUGAAGACUGAUAGGGAAUGAAUAGUGAAGGAGAUUAACAUUUUUGUUAUGUAAUGAAUUUUCUAAUAUAUGACUGACUAUAAAGGUCACGUAAACGUAUGUAUAUGAUAUAUGAAAUAAAGAUAUAAUCCAGACAAGAGAUAUUAUAGCUA